AUGGAAAAUCCGGCGAGGACACGUUUGUCAAUUCAAAAACCUCAACCGUGGGAUCCAAAAUUCUAUAUUAACAAAUUCGAUCAAAGCCGAAGCCCACACACACAGAAUCACACACACUUCAAAAUUUCAAAUCAUCUCUCACACGCUUCAAUCCCGCUCUCCUUUUUCACUUCUCAUUUCUCUCUCUCUUUCUCACACACACACAUCAAAUCCAUCGAAACUCUGUACAAUUUGGCACAUCAAACGACAGACACGCUCAAGGGGAAGAUGUCGAGCCGCGAGAAAGAGAAGGGCGUCAAUGUCCAGGUUCUCCUCCGUUGCAGGCCGUUUAGCGAGGAGGAGUUGAGGAACAAUGCGCCGCAGGUGGUGACGUGCAACGAAUUCCACAGGGAGGUGUCCGUUGCGCAGAAUAUCGCCGGGAAGCACUUUGAUAGAGUUUUUACGUUUGACAAGGUGUUUGGACCGAGUGCCCAGCAGAGGGAUCUUUAUGAACAAGCAGUUAUUCCAAUAGUCAAUGAGGUUUUAGAAGGUUUCAACUGUACGAUUUUCGCAUAUGGGCAAACUGGAACUGGAAAAACAUACACCAUGGAGGGUGAAUGUAAGAGGUCGAAGAGUGGUCCAAAUGGAGAACUGCCUUCUGAAGCAGGAGUGAUACCUAGAGCAGUAAAGCAAAUUUUCGACACAUUAGAGGGUCAAAACGCUGAGUACAGUGUCAAGGUCACUUUCUUGGAGUUAUAUAAUGAAGAAAUCACAGAUUUGUUAGCUCCGGAUGAUAUAUCCAAAGUUGUCCAGGAAGAUAAACAGAAAAAACAAUUGCCGCUUAUGGAAGACGGGAAAGGGGGUGUCCUUGUCAGAGGGUUGGAAGAGGAAAUUGUUACAAGUGCCAAUGAAAUUUUCACUCUACUUGAAAGAGGUUCUGCUAAACGCCGAACUGCAGAAACUUUAUUAAACAAACAAUCAAGCCGUUCGCAUUCUCUAUUCUCCAUCACAAUACAUAUAAAGGAAGCAACACCUGAAGGUGAAGAAUUAAUAAAGUGCGGCAAGUUGAAUUUGGUUGAUUUGGCUGGUUCAGAAAACAUCUCUCGUUCUGGUGCUAGGGAGGGUAGGGCAAGAGAAGCUGGUGAAAUAAACAAAAGUUUGCUUACAUUAGGCAGAGUAAUAAAUGCACUGGUUGAGCAUCUUGGCCAUAUUCCUUAUAGGGAUAGCAAGCUCACACGUUUGCUUCGAGAUUCAUUGGGGGGGAGGACAAAGACUUGCAUUAUUGCUACAGUAUCACCAGCUGUUCACUGUCUUGAGGAGACUCUGAGCACAUUGGAUUAUGCUCACAGGGCUAAGAACAUAAGGAAUAAGCCUGAGGUGAAUCAGAAGAUGAUGAAAUCAACUCUUAUUAAGGAUCUCUAUGGUGAAAUAGAACGACUAAAAGCAGAGGUUUAUGCUGCCAGGGAGAAAGUUGGUGUUUACAUCCCUAAAGAGCGAUACCAUCAGGAGGAGAGUGAGAGAAAGGCAAUGGCUGAUCAGAUUGCACAAAUGGGAGUGACAAUUGAAAAUCAUCAGAAGCAAAUAGAGGAAUUGCAAAUAAAAUAUGAUUCUAAGGUUCAGCAAUGUCUUGAGUUGGGCAAAAAGCUUGAUUCAACCCAAAGUGAUCUGAACUUAACAAGCAAGUUGUUGGCAAACACUGAGGAUGACUUGCAGCAAUGCCAGUAUUCUCUAAGGGAACGCGACUUUAUCAUUUCUGAACAGAAAAGAUCAGAAAAUGCGCUGGCUCAUCAAGCUUGUGUAUUACGGGCUGACCUGGAAAAGUCGCAAAAAGAUAAUGCUUCUCUAUUCUUGAAAAUAGCUAGAGAAGACAAACUGAAUUCUGAUAACAGGUCGACGGUGAACAGUUUUCAAUCGGAUCUAGCCCAGCAGCUUGCUACCCUUUGUAGCUUGCUGACUGCAUCUGUCUCUCGACAAAGCGAACAUCUACAGUGUGUCGAGAAUCUCUGUAACUCUUUCCUCCAAGUACAUGAUAAGGCUUCUGUAGAGUUAACACAAAAAGUAGAUUCUUCGAGGGCAUUAUAUGUCUCCCAUUUUGAGGCACUACAAAACGUUGUCUGUAUGCACAAAGCUGGUAAUAAUGCUGCUCUGGAGGAACUGUCAGCUUUGGCGUCUUCUAAUUCACAGUGUAUUGAAGAAUUUUUAGCAGCAGAGGCUGCUGAGGCGAAAUCAGUACUUGAUGAUCUUCAGGAUACUCUAACAAGUCAACAAGGGGAAAUGGCUCUCUUAGCAAGAGAACUUCGACAGAGAUUUCAUGCUAGUGUAGAGCACCUGAUGAACACCUCAGAAUUUGUACAUGGAUUUAUUGAUAAGCUCGGGGAAGAAUCACAAAGACUUCAACAUCAUGCAACUCAAGUUGAUGAAAUUCAGACUAAAUGCAUUGCCGAAUUUCAGAAGGCUUAUGAGGAACAGUCACGGUCAGAAGCAGAGAAGCUUAUUGCUGAUAUGACAUCUCUUGUUACUAACUGCUUGCAUCGUCAAAAAGAGAUGGUGGAUGCAAGGUUGGAAGAUAUUAAGUAUAGUUCCACUGGGAAUAAGAUGUUUUUGGAUGAACAUGUUUCAACUAUUAAUGCCAUCACAACAGACUUAAAAAGAAAAUGGCAGGAUAGCUUUACGCAGGCAGAGAGUAGUUUUAAAGAUAAUGCUGAUUUCUCUGCAGCUAAGCAUUGUCGUAUGGAAAUGCUUGUACAGAAAUGGUACGAAUACACCAGCCACCAUGUUUACUCCCGUCUCAUCUCUUUUAGCCUAAUUAUAUAUUUUAUCCUCCGUCUUGUUUUCCUGCCCCACCACCUUCUCCUGUUGAUCAUCAAACUCCAUUUUUGGGCCGGGCAUCUAAACACCAUAUUAUCUGGUCUUUGUCCCUUUAUCUUCAGCGUGAAAAGUGCUGACACGGCUUUGGUCCAGUGGCAAAAAAUGCAAGAAUCGUUAAAUAGCAUGCAAAGUAAAAAUGCUUCAACCAUCAAUUCACAUGUCAGGAAUAUGUGGUACAUCAAUGAACAACACAAUGCUGAGAUCGAUUCUGCUAGAGCUAUUGUUGAGGAGGAUGUGAAAGCGAACAGUGAAGAUAUGGAUAACUGGUUUAAGAGCGUGUCAGGGCAAGAGAAGUCAUCCGUUUCCAAAAUAUUGUCGACCUCUAAAACUCAUUCUGAAACUCUUCAGAAUCUUACCACAGAUCAUUCCCAGCAAUUAGCCAGAAUUGAACAGCAUGCUGUUGAUACUUUCAGGCAAAAAUAUAUGGAUUACGAGCCUAUCGGCACAACACCCGUUAAAUGUGAGCCCGAUAUUCCCAGCAAGGCCACAAUCGAGUCACUACGUGCAAUGCCUAUGGAGGCUCUUCAAGAAGAAUUUCGAGAAAACAAUAUGUACGAGUCAUUUCAUGUGAAGGAAUCAAAACCGACCCUUAUUCCUCGUGCCCCACUUUCACAGAUCAACUAGUGGCUGCAACUUCUCCUGUUUUCUGCUUGAAAAGCGUCGUCUGAUUCUUUUUAUUUGUACUUGAUGUGUAUAUUUUUUUAAGUGAUGUGAUACUAGAAAAAUUGGUUCCAGAAGUUCAUAUGAUAUGACUUCAAGGGUUUGGAUGCAUUAUGUUGUAGGGUCAUCAAUUAAUCCCUUCUUUUGUUUUGGUUUAUUGUAACUUACAAAGCUUUCUGGUCCGAACUUUUGCUGAGCUUUAUUAUUUAAAAGAAGGGCGGGGAAUAACAAAAUCUUGAAAAUUCAGUGUUGUUGAUCUUUUC